ACACAUCAACCAUCGAUCUCUUUUAAUUUGCAUGCUCUCAAAUUUUAUCAACAAAAUACGGACGGGAUAAUAAUGGGGUCAGCUGAUACCUCGGCGGCAACCAUUUCUCGGCUCACAUCUUCUCGCUCCGUCUCGCCGCCAUCUUCACCGUCGUCCCCCACCACGCCGCUGCCGGCGGUGGUGGUGAGCCCGUGUGCCGCAUGUAAGGUUUUGCGGCGGAGAUGCGCCGGGAAAUGUGUGCUGGCGCCGUAUUUUCCUCCCAAUGAUCCCAUCAAGUUUACCACCGCUCACCGUGUCUUCGGCGCUAGCAAUAUCAUCAAAUUCUUGCAGGAAUUGCCGGAGAGUGAAAGAAGUGACGCCGUGAGCAGCAUGGUGUACGAGGCCAACGCACGGCUGAGAGAUCCGGUGUACGGCUGCGCCGGAGCAAUUUUCCAACUCCAAAAGCAAGUCAGCGUCCUCCAAGAACAGCUAGCCAAGGCUCAAGCCGAGGUAGUCAACAUGCAAUACCAACAGUCAAACCUCCUCGCCCGCCUUAACUAUCACCACGACCACUCUGUCCGAUCGUCAUCAUCAUCUCCGCCUCCGCUUUCAUCGCCGCCGAAACACUACUUUUCCGAUUCCUUUGACGGCAGGAAUAAUGACUUCUAUGAACACAAUUGCGAGUACCUCUAUAACGACAGCGGAGAUGACAACUUGGGAUCCUUUUGGGAUGAACUUCACACUCUCGACACGAGCGUGUGAUGUGCACCCUCAGCUCAACAACCUACACUAGUCAUAUACGAGAAGUCGAUAAUAAAAAGUAUUACCUCCGUCUCAUUGAUUUUUGUCACGUUUGUAUUAGACGUGCGAUAAAAAGUGAAAAUUAUGUGGUUAAAAGUGAUGUAAAAAAUCGAAAAAUGAGUAAAAUCAAAUACUACCUCCG